UUGUUGUUGAUGGCACGACAAUGCUUUCUUUCUUCCUUCACUGAAGUGCUCGGCAGGACUUCGCUAAUUUCACAGUAGCGUGAUGCCACUGCCAGAAAAGUCACCCGAGGGCUGGGGGCAUAAUCACUAAAAUUUCAGUGACUCUCUCUUCUUGCACAACAGCUUCGAUUUCUUCUGUUCAAUGCAUCCUGAGAGCACAUUGGCUAUGCUUGGUAGUCUACGAAAAGAAUCCGCGAUACCGAUCCUAACACUCUCUGUACUGAAAACCAGUCGACUUUGUCUGGGCGAGCUAAACCGGCUCUUCUGCCCGCUUUUCCACAACAUGGACAAACUACUCAAAGCUUAAAAUAAGUCGAAGAAAUCAGAUCAACCAAAUCAUCUUCAAUUCGGCUCUCGGCGAGGGAAACACCCCGCAUCAUGCCACUUCCCACGUCCAUGGUCAUACGAGGGUAUUCCCACCUUUGGCCCCUUUUCUGGGGUCGUGAUACGUGCGGAUGGCCAGGCACGUACGUACCUAUCACGACCCCUCAUUUGCAUUCAGGCAGAAUACAACGCCCUGCACCCUGAUUCAUCGUCAUUGCAUAUUUUUGUGGACGAUAGCUCCAGCGAUACGGAAAAAUAUCACCCGAUAGCUAGAAACACGUUCCUGCUAUCGUGAUUAUUCUAGUGUUUUUCUCCUUCUCUCUGUUUACGUCUUGAAAUUGCUGUUUGUGCUUCCUUGAAGUGUCAGUGCUAUUACUUCUCCUGUUUCUCCGUUGCUUUUAAAAUUGAAGCUCUGGUAGGUAGUUCUUACCCAAAACAACCGCAACCAUGAAGUUCCGCGAUGGUAUGUGGAUGGUGGCAGAAGACAAACGCCCUGAAUACGCAGAGGAAGUCUACUCGAUUCAAGAGCAUCCCUCAGGAAAUGCUCUGAGUCUGCUCUGCCCGACAAAGAGGAUUCUCCAGCGACCAGACUCGCUGAACCUUCCAACCCUCACAAUUGUAAGAAAUACAUAUGUUGUCCUAACAUUCUCAAGUUAAUCCAAAAAGGAUAUCCGAGCUCCUUUCGACGGCGUCAUCUCUGUCGAAACCACACAUUGGCUCGGCGCUCUCAACCCAGGUCCUCAUUUCGACCUCUACCCAGCAGGCAAACCCGAGAAAUGCGACCCAGCAAUCACGAAAACCUCGACUUCCACAACACUCAAAUCAGGCUCCAUCUCAGCCACAAUCAAGACCGGAAAUCACGACUUCGAUAUCCGCUUCCAUGCCACCGAUGGCUCGAAAGAACUCACCUCGCUGCUCAACCGCAGUGUAGGUUUCGCAUACAGUCCCGGACCUGGCAACCAGAUGCAGACGGGUGACAUGUCGAAGCUCCAACAUUAUAUCUUCACGCAGAGUACACUUUCGGUAGGCGAGUCUGUGCAUGGUCUUGGAGAGAGGUUUGGUGCUUUCAAUAAGGUAGGUCAGGCUAUUACGCUUUGGAAUGCGGAUGGUGGGACGAGCAGUGAUCAGGCGUAUAAGAAUGUGCCUUUUUGGAUGAGUUCGAGGGGAUAUGGGAUAUUCAUUGAUACGCCUGAUAAAGUGGAACUUGAAGUUGGGAGUGAGAGGUGUUGUCGUGUGCAGACUAGUGUGGAGGGACAGAGACUGAAGUGGUACAUAAUCUACGGUCCAACGCCUAAAGAGGUAUUGACUAAGUACUCAAUUCUUACUGGCAGGCCUGGAAAGGUCCCAAGCUGGAGUUAUGGACUCUGGCUAAGUACCAGCUUUACCACUAAUUAUGACGAGAAGACCGUUAAUUCGUUCCUCGAAGGAAUGAAAGCAAGAGAUAUCCCAGUCGAAGUCUUUCAUUUUGAUUGCUUCUGGCUGAGGGCAUUUCACUGGUGCGAUUUCGUCUUUGAUUCAGAGAUGUUCCCAGAUCCGAAAGCCCAAAUUGCCCGUCUGAAGGCGUCUGGUCUCGUCAAGAAAGUCUGUGUAUGGGUAAAUCCUUACCUCGGCCAAGCCUCACCAGUUUUCAAACACGCAGCCAGCAAAGGGUACCUUCUCCGCCGCAAAAACGGCGAUAUCUUCCAGUGGGAUCUCUGGCAAACCGGCAUGGGCAUCGUCGAUUUCACAAACCCCGAAGCUUGCGCCUGGUACGUCAGCUGUCUCGAGGGACUUUUCGACAAGGGAGUGGACGCCAUCAAAACCGAUUUCGGAGAACGUAUUCCUACCAUAGAUGUCGAAUGGUUUGACUCGUCCCUCGACCCAAGGAAAAUGCACAACUAUUACGCAUUCUUGUAUAACAAGGUCGUCUAUGAAGCCAUCCAAGACCGUUUCGGUGAGAAUGAAGCUGUCCUAUUCGCCCGUACCGCCACAGCAGGUACGCAGCGCUUCCCACUCCAAUGGGGUGGUGACUGUGAAUCCACAGCCGAAGCCAUGGCUGAAUCUGUUCGUGGAGGUCUGUCCCUCGGUCUCUGUGGCUUUUCAUUCUGGUCCGUCGACAUCGGUGGUUUCGAGGGGUCGCCUCCACCAUGGAUUUACAAACGUUGGGUAGCCUUUGGCCUUCUCUGCUCGCACAGUCGUCUGCACGGCAGUAACUCUUUCCGUGUACCGUGGACAGUCGACGACGACGAUUCCAGCGAACAGGGGUGCUCAAAGACGCUGUCAAAAUGGACGGCGCUGAAGGCUCGUCUGAUGUCAUAUAUCUUCUCACAAGCACAGAAAGCAGUCGAGCUCGGCAUCCCGCUCUCCCUCCGAGCAAUGUGUCUUGAGUUCCCAGAUGAUCCUACGUCCUGGUAUCUCGAUCGCCAGUUCAUGUUUGGCGAUAGUCUGCUCGUGGCUCCUAUCUUCGAGGAGUCGGGCGAUGUGGAGUUCUACCUACCGAAAGGGAAAUGGACGAAUUUCUUCACCAACAAGACAAAGGAGGGGCCGGGUUGGUUUAAAGAGCACCAUAAGUUCGAUACAUUACCCUUGUAUGUUCGUGAGAAUACUAUUUUGGUGCUGGGGAAGUGGCAUGAGACGAGGACGGUGUAUGAUUACUCGCAAGGCGUAGAGGUCUGUUUGUAUCAUACGACUCCUGGUGCGAAGACGUUGAUUGUGGAUUCUGAGGGUGAGCAGGUGGGUGUGUUGGAGAUUGGGGAGGAAGGGCAUUUGCUUGAUCAGGAGUUUUUGAAAGGAGCUUGGCAUGUGACGAAGAACGGGAGGAGUACGAUCAAGCACCAUGCAGAGGAGUGAAAUGAUUGGGAGCUUGGGUAGAUGAGGAAGAUAUUCUAGAAAUAGAACGUUUGAUGAUUUCAUGAAGCGCUUGAAAGGACAUACGGCAUGUCUGGAAGCCUGAGAACUGUGCUCGCAUAUUGAGCUCUGAUUUGAACUAUCGAAUAAUUAUUACCAUAAUAUCCAAGUAUUCCA